GAAACACAGGACCAUCCCCAAAAUGCUGUGAAUGAUGGUAGACUGAGAGGAGGCGUGGACUACCCCAUUCUCUUAAACGUCAGCGCUCAGAACAGACCUCCAUACCUUAUUUUGACUCUGACUCUGAAUUCUGGAUCAUUUGGUUCAGCCUAUUUUUAUCUGUAGUUUGUUGUGGUGCAAAGACCUUUGUGAACAUAGCAGAAGUACAUGUGAAGACGUUUGAACCAUUAUUAAACUGAGGAUGACUAAAGACGCAUUAGCUGUCACUAUCGUGGUCUUGUGGCUGCUCUGCAAUCCGGCGAGGAUCAGGGGAACCGGGGGAUUUCAAGGCGCCAUUCCUCACCCAAAUAAAUACAGUCCAAACCAGUCGGAGCAGUCACCGCAGACACCGCAGGCCGGUUCCAGGGGAAUGGGACCGCCUUCAGCCGGGGACGAGGUGCUGGACUCCAGCCAGGAGGCUUUACACGUAACAGAGCGCCGGUAUCUUAAACUCGACUGGUGUAAAACGCAGCCGCUGAAGCUGAUGAUCUACGAGGACGGAUGCCAACCGCGCGCCAUCAUCAACCGCUUCUGUUACGGACAGUGCAACUCUUUCUACAUCCCUCGACACAUUUACCAAGAGGACGGCGCGUUCCAGUCGUGCUCCGUGUGCAAGCCCAAAAGUUUCACGACCGUCACUUACACGCUCUUCUGUCCCGGUCAAACUCCCAACACCAAGAAAAAGCGCGUGCGGCGCGUCAAACAGUGUCGCUGCACUUCUGUCGACUUGGAUUAAACUCACUGACUGAU